UCAACACCAUCGCAACUCGCCCGCGCGAUCUCUCCUGCCUCACCCUCCACCCCCACCCCCCUCACCCGCGGCAGGCAGCAAUGGCGACGCAGUGCCCGCCCGCAUCGCCGCCGCAGCCUGACCCUGCCACUGCCCCUGCCGCCACCACCACUGGAGGCAGCGGCAGCGGCAGCGGCGACAGCGGCGCAAGCGGAAUCGGCACCAUAAUCUUCUUCCACCCAGACCUGGGCAUCGGCGGCGCGGAGCGGCUCGUCGUCGACGCCGCCGUCGGCCUGCAGCAGCGUGGCCACCGCGUCGUCAUCUUCACCAAUCACUGCGACCCUUCGCACUGCUUCGACGAGUGCCGCGACGGCACCCUCGACGUCCGCGUCCGCGGCGCCUGGCUCGUCCCCUCGACCAUCCUCUCCCGCCUCGCCAUUCUGUGCGCUAUCCUGCGCCACCUCCACCUCCUGCUGCACAUCACGCUCUUCACCACGGAGCUCGCGUCGCUGCGCCCGCGCGCCGUCGUCGUCGACCAGCUCUCCGCCGGGCUGCCCAUCCUGCGCUACGUCCUCGACCGCGGCGUCCCCGUGCUCUUCUACUGCCACUUCCCCGACCUGCUGCUCGCCCGCGGCCGCGACGCCUCCCUCGCCAAGCGCCUCUACCGCGUCCCCUUUGACGCCAUCGAGCAGUGGACCAUGGCCUUUGCCCAUGCCGUCGCCGUCAACUCCGACUUCACCCGCUCCGUCGUUAACAAGACGUGGCCGCGGCUUCAGCACAGGGUGCCCAUCAAGGUCGUCUAUCCUUGUGUCGACGUGGAUGGUGCUGCCGUCCGGGAGGACGACGACGGGGCCAAGACUGGGGCGCCGAUAAACGAUGGUGAGAAGCUGUUGGGCGGCGACCGCGUCGUACUGAGCAUCAACCGUUUCGAGCGCAAAAAGGACAUUGGGCUCGCCAUUAAGGCCUUUGCUGCCAUCCCUGCCGCUGAUCGCAAAAAUGUGCGACUGGUACUUGCUGGCGGCUACGACCCCCGCGUCUCCGAAAACGUCGAGUACCACACCGAGCUCGAGGCCCUCGCCUCUUCCCUCUCUCUCGCGCACCAUACCGUCACCCCGCCCUCCAAGUCCUCGCCCUCGUCCACUCCCGCGGCGACCCUCUCUGCCGUCCCCCCCUCCGCCUCCGUCAUCUUUCUCCUCUCCGUGCCCCACGCCCUCAAGACGGCUCUCCUCCGCGCCGCCUCCCUCCUCGUCUACACCCCCUCCAACGAGCACUUCGGCAUCGUCCCCCUCGAGGCCAUGCUCGCCCGCGUCCCCGUCCUCGCCGCCAACACGGGCGGCCCCGUCGAGACCGUCAGCGAUCCCGCCGCGGGCUGGCUCCGCGACCCCGCCGACCCCGCCGCCUGGUCCGCCGUCAUGCGUGCCGCCCUCGCCAUGCCCCCGGCCCGCCUUGCUGCCAUGGGCGACGAGGGCGCCCGUCGUGUGCGCGAGCGCUUCGGCAGGGACAAGAUGGCGCAGGCGCUCGACGGUAUCCUCGGCGAGAUUCGCGCCGCGAACCCCCGCCCGCCCUUUCUUAACUACGUCAUCAACCUCGUCUUGCUCGUCGUCUUCUUUUACUUGGGCCUCCUGCUGGCCUCGACAUACCGGCGCUUCGUACGCGCCUGACACCUCCCAGCAGUGCCCGAGAAGUCGUGUGUCAUGUACAUAGUUUAAGUCCAGUCAAUAAUAUCAAAUACUCGACAGGGGUCAUCUCAUGGAAAAA